ACAGGGAGGAGUCUCACAGUUCUGUUCAGUCCAGGACAGGCUGAAGGACAAACAGACACAAAGGUGCAGAAAGAGAAAGGGACAAAAGACUGACCAACAAAAUUAAAGUCUUUCCCAUUUCAGAUCACCAGUAAUAUCAACAGGCCUGUGGCUUCUGUCUGUUGUUAAACUUUACUUUUAGGAAUGGCGUCUCCUGCAUCGAUGGUGGCCCGCAGGGUAUUAUCUGCUGCAUCACACGCAGGCCAUGAGGGAGGAUCAGCUAGGACCUGGAAGGUCCUGUCGUUUGUGUUGGCCCUACCUGGUGUGGCCGUCUGCAUCGCCAACGCCUACAUGAAGAUGCAGCAGCACUCCCAUGAACCCCCUGAGUUUGUGGCCUACUCACACCUUCGCAUCCGCACCAAGAAAUGGCCCUGGGGUGAUGGCAACCACUCUCUCUUCCACAACCCUCAUGAAAAUGCUCUUCCUGAGGGCUAUGAGGGCCCCCGCCACUAAGGAAACCUCCUAACUCUAUGCUGAUCAUCCACCUUCCCUGAUUGCUACAUGCUGAAUAGCUGUAAUCUAUAGCUCUAAUGAACCUGGCAUUAUGCUACUGACCAAGGGGCCAAUUAGCAACACUACUGACUGUGGUUCUCUCAGUCAGAUAGAAAUAAAAAAUAUACUAGUUUUACUGUAUCACACACA